UGAUUCUUAUACAGAAACCAUCGCAUUGCCAUCUGUUUGAGCCUUGACUUUGAAAAAUUCUGACAUUUCUCUCCCGUCUCCCUUUUCUUCCCUCCUCUUCCCGAAAAUGGACUGCAAGCCAUGCGGCAAGGCCACGACGUCCCCCCGGCAGCCCCGCUCGCCCACCACGUGCCCCCCUUGCCCGUGCUGCAUCCCGGUGUUGGCCGAAGCCAUCCCCAAAGUGCAGGUGACGCCCUGUCCACCGCCCCCCGCCCAGCCGCCGGCCGACUGCUGCCACGUGUGCGUCCCGGUGGUGACCCCCGCGCCCCCAUGCGAGCCCUGCCGCCCGAAACGCAAAUGCAAGUACAUCCAGCCGGCGCGGCCCAAGUCCUACGCCCCCGAGCGCAAGUACCUGCCCCCGGCCGCCCCCAUGGACGACGGCACCAUCUACAGGAAGUCGUACCUCCCUGCCGAGGCGGAACGUCCCCCGCAGAUCCGCCCCGAGAACAACCUCUGCGUGGGGGAGGGGAAGAUGUCGGAUAAUACGGUGCACAACAUGUCGUACCUCCCCCAUAAGGUGCUGCCCCCAUGCCCGAUCUACCCCUGCGAGCAUAGGCUGCUGGGGGAGGGGCCCAUGCAGGAUAUCACCACGCAGAAGCACGACUAUGUGCCUAAACCGUUCUCAAGGCCGGAGAAGAUCGUACCGCCGGUUAAUCUCUUUUCUAGUGAUUGUCCCCUGAGUGAUAAGACUGUGAAUAGGUUGUCUUAUAUGCCGGUUGAUAAGCCUAGCAAGGUUGAGCCGUUUUAUCCGGUCAAUGCGAUUGAGAAACCGUCGGGGAAAAUCAGUGAUAAGACCAUACAUAACAUGUCGUACCAACCGUGGGAGCCCACGGAACCCAUCGAGACACCAUGGGCUGAUAAGCCCAAGUACCAGCCACCCAAGCUGAGGAUGGAGGAUAACACAGUGCACAAAAUGAGUUAUAUGCCUCCGGGGCAAUACGUGGAGUGUGAUGACGAUGAUCCGGACUGUGUCGAAUGUCCGGAACCGCCCUGUGAUCCGCAUUGUAAUCCGAAUUACAGGUGUGCGAUGCCGUGCUGUUGUCCCAAGGCGGCCUGUUAGAGUCCCAAACUGUCCCAAAUUCCCGUGAUUGGUCCCUUGAUAGUCCCCUAUUUUUAUUUUUACACUAUACACUUGUAUACAGUAUUUUUAAGUCCAGUGUUUGAACGAGCACUUUGAAAAUUAAAGUAGACGAUUUUCAAA